CCCCUCCUCCUUCCUCCGGCGUCCCCCGCCUCCCUCAGCUCGCGCAAAACCGCCUACAUCGAGGGAGACGUCCAGAUCGGGAUUCUCUUCCCGAUCCACCGCGCGCCGCGCAUCCGUGAUUCCUACUCGCGCACGUGCGGCCUCGUCUGGGAAGAGUACGGAAUCCACCGCACCGAGGUCACGCUCCACGCGAUCGACGUCAUCAACGCUGACCCGACCUUCCUGCCCGGCGUCCGGCUCGGCGUCGAAAUCCGCGACUCUUGCUGGUUCAGCAGCGUCGCGCUGGAGCAGAGCAUCGAGUUCAUACGCGACGUCAUAUCGCGCUACGACGAGCCGGCAGAGGGCGCCGGCAACGAUACGUGCCAGACGGGCGUGACGAAGAAUAUCGCGGGCGUGAUCGGACCCGGAUCGAGUUCGGUGACGAUUCCCGUUCAGAAUCUCUUCCAGUUGUUCAACAUCCCGCAGAUCGGCUACUCGGCGACCAGCCAGACGCUCAGCGAUAAGGACCUGUUUAAAUACUUCCUGCGCGUCGUUCCGAGCGAUUUCUUCCAGGCGCAGGUGAUGGUCGACAUAGUCAAGAGGUUCAAGUGGACGUACGUGUCGGUCGUACAUACGGACGGUGAGUGA